AUGUCCAUGCGUUCCUCCCUUCUAUCCUCGUUGGAUACUCUCUUGAGACGUCGACCCCGCGCUCUCGACCUCGAGGGUGGCGCUGUCGAGCUCGGACUCCGGCCCAAAAAUGACGCCCAACAACGACCGCCGGCGCGGAUGCGCCUCGACGAUGUGCCGAACGACGUGCUGAUCAUGCUAUUCUCUUACCUAGACGUGAUCGACGUCAUAAGCUUGCGGCAGGUCAGCAAGUUCUUCCACGACAUUUCGCAUCACUCUAUCAUCUGGAAGAGGUUCUUGCGCCAGGCAAACGUACCUAUCCCUCCCCUUCCCCCCACUUCACGACACUCAUUCCCUAGCCUCAGCGGCUUCGAGGCCGAGCGCCUUCUCCUGCGCUCCGUCUCCCUCGAACAAACCUGGUCGAGCCGCGACCCGAGCUACGUCGACGCUUGGGUCUUCAACGCGAACUACACCGUCUUCUCCAUGGCCACCGUCCCCGGCGGACAGUACCUAAUCGCAUCCGUCGGCAACUCCAUCGGGAGCAGCGGACGCUUCACGAACUACUCCCUCGUCAUCUACGCGAUGGACCACCCCCACGGCGGCGCGCACCCCAUCGCACGCACGCAUACCGAAACGAAAGCAUACCACCUCAAGGCGCGCUACACGACCAUCCGCGGGCGCCGCUCGAUCGCCAUCGCCUACGUGCGGCGCGACUGGGGCCGCCGUUCCGAGCGCGGGAAGCCGAACCCCAGCGUCGACGUCUCCGCGUUCAGCGGCGACCACGAGAUCGACCCGCCCACGCCGAUCAAGUACGAGUGUGUCGCGCUCGAGACGCCGCUCGAAUGCCUUGAGCUUCUCAGCGACCCGCGACUCACCCCUGGCACGCAGGAGUGGAAGGCCCACGCGAAGUCACAGCCGAAGCCAUUCCGUUGGCUGGCUACCAUCCGUACACGGAGUCAGCUUAUGUAUCCUGACAUAGAUGAAUUAUUCGGCAAACCGUACCUUGCUGUGUUGAAGAAGCCCAACAGCAUCAUGUUCAAAAACCUCGAGGGCGGAUUGGCUUCCACGCUGACAUGCUCCAUACCCGACUUGCCCAAUCAAAGCCUGACACCCAAAAUUUUCAACAUUCGCCUGGUGUCGAUCGAUAAUGCAGUCCUCGUCGUGCGCAGGCUGGACGGGUACAGUAAUGAACGCCCAAACAGGAAGACGUUUGUGGAACUGUACCAUGCCAUCCCCACAGACGCGCCUGCCCCGAACGACGCCCGCGUCUGGUCUCGCGAGGCAUUCAACAGCGAGGAGCUCCCCAACUACGACUACAUCGACUGCUCGAUGUCCGACCACGGCAUCCCUACCCGCAUCGACGAUUCGGUGCUCCCCCAGCUCUACAGCGCCAUCGACAGCAUGAUCCCGCACCCAAUCACGUUCUUCCUCCGGACGCGCGAACAGGACAGCCUGCACCGCUGGGUGAUGUUCCCCGAGAAGCGGGAGCAGGUGCUCCCGCCGAGCCCGGCGAUGCGCUCCUCGGAGGUCUCGCACCUGGCCAAGUACGGCAACUGGCACUACCGCUUCGACCACAUCCACGAGACGAUCCGGGCGGCGGGCACGGUCGGGCACCUCUUCGAGCACCGCGCGCUCCCGGGCUCGCUGCGCUCGAUCGUGUACUCCGUCCCUCGGUUCGACAUCUCGGACAGCCCGCCGAUUAGCUCGAUGGGCCGCCAGUACUGCCGCCACAGCCAGAGCCUCCAGGCCGCGCAGCCAUUGUUUGAGCAGCAGGCGGAGCAUGGCGUGGAGGACUCACCGAACACGUUCGUGUGGAUACCGUUGCCGCCGGGCAUCAACUUUGGCGCGGUGAACUCGAUGCUGUGGGACGAGACCAUCGGCCGCCUGUUCAUUGCGAGCAAGGGGGACGAAGAGGUGUUCGUCAUUGACUUCGCGAAGACAAUACGCCUUGGAAAAUACGGCGAGCGCGCAGGUUCACUACCGGUCGCUAUCCACCCGAAUCCCAAUCAAGUCUACUCUCCAAUUCCCCGCCCUCGACCUGACUCUCCGGUGGCACAGGUCGAUAAAGCGGCUCUUGCCGUGAACACUGAAGACGUGGAAAUGCAGGACGGGUAACAAAGAACAUACCUCUUGUCAAACACUCUCUUGGACUAUGCUGUGUACACGCUCUCGCGCUCGUUUGCUCUCGUGCUUGUACGGACAUCCGAUCUCUCCUGCGCUGUCUCUCGCUUCUCUCUUUCUCCUCUCGUCUUCUGCUGGGUUACCUGAAGGACUACAUGUAGCAAAUAGCGCACUUGGUGUAGCACUGAGUCACAUAAUGUUGU